CGUUUCCCCGUGGACCGACCCAUGACGCGAUCCUACGCCCGGGCCCAUAACAUUAAAAAUUCUGACCUGUACCGAUCAAUCAUUAAAUUGUUUGAUAGAUGAAUCAUGACCAUACGAUCAGAGCGUAAUUUGCCACAACGGUCAGAAGUUCGGCUGUACGGGGGAGGUUUCACUUCAGCAAUUUACAAAAUAGAGAAUGCCAUGCGGAAUUCUGAAUGACAACCCUAGUCUUCUGUUAAUCCCCUGUAUACGACAUCUGCUCGCGAAUUUGACAUCAAUUCACGGUCAGGACUGUGGGGUUAAAAAAUUCUGAGGUGAUCAGAGCGUCAUAAUUGGCAUGAAACCCAUAUCAUCAACCCAACUGUGAAGGUUGAUAGACUUCUCAGAAAUCAAAUUGACCACUUUAAAAUCUAUAUCAGCCACACCACACAACAAGUAUAGAGAAAUUGAGGUUGGGAGACAGUACGAGAGAGAGAGAGGAAGAGAGAGAGAGAGAGCGCCACAGAGAGAUGGUGAAGGUGACCUUGAAGGGUUCAUACGCAGUGAAGCCACUAAAACCGACACCAAUUCACCGGCUUGGUCUAUCUCCAACUGAUCAGAUAAAGCCUUGGACUACUGAGACUGUUUACUUCUACAGACCUAAUGGCCAACCCAACUUCUUCUUGGCAGAAACCAUGAAGACUGCACUAAGUCAAGCCCUAGUGGAAUUCUACCCACUCACGGGAUGUAUUGAGAAGGACAAGGACGGCGGUCUAGAGCUCAACUGCAACGGGAAAGGUGCUCUGUUCGUGGAAGCUGAGUCUCAUUCCUGCAUUGACGACUUGGGCAACUUCAUGCCAACUCCAGAGCUGAGUAAACUAGUUCCUUACGUUGAUUAUAAUGGGACCCAAAUCAAUGAAUGACCA